ACGUCACUUCCCCUCGGUUCUGGCGGGCUGGUUGAAAAGCUGCUUGUGUUGACUGUCGUGUAACCACCGCGACGACAGGUCGAUGGUUUAACGUGUUAGUUCGCCGUUAAAAUAUAUAUUUUACCAGAAUAAUCGCAACAAUCGCGCGUUGGCUUUUAAUAUCGACAGCUUACGUAAGGCUAGCGUCUCCUGCAAGCAAACAUAGCAUCUGUUCUCCCCGGAAGUGUGCGGAUGUGGCAGCUCGUGAAACGUUAACGUGAUUAUCGUCAAGUGGAUUUAAACAAACAAACAAAACCAAAAAGCGUUGUCACCUCUUUAACGUUUUUAUGCAAACUAUGGAGCGACCGUCAAGGAAGACAAAGACUGUGGAUUACCGUGAACCCAGCGUCUUUGAUGACGAUGAGGAUUUCGCCUGUGCGAAGGCUCCGCCCAGCAAAAAGGCCAGGGAGGACGUGAAACAACAACAGGAGCACAAGAAAUCGUCAGGCAAGUCCUCCAGUCAGGAGACCAACUCUCAGUCGGCGCUUAGCCAGAAGAGCAGAAGACCGUUGGAUGUGAAGUUGCUUGAACGAGAUCUCGAGGCAGCCAUUACGCUUUCCCUGCUCAAUAAUGCAGAGGAGAUAAAGGACCAGUCACCCACCAUGAGAGGAGACAUCAAGGUUCAACUUCCAGUGGAUGAAAACACAGAUCCCUCUUCACUGCUCCUGUCCAACUGCAGUGUGGACGGUGCAAUUUUGGGCCUCGAUGAAAUCACAUCAGUAAAAGGUUCACCUGCUCCGUCCAGACAGAGAGAAGCUGCCACGGAGGAGCAGAGCGGAAAUCUGAAGGAAGACGAUGAGGAUUAUCAACCCAAACUGACACCAGGUUCAGAAAGUGAUGAAGAUUUUAGCGAUCCAGAAGAGAGCGAAGAUGAGGAAUUCACCAUGAAGAAAGUCAGCAAAAUAAAAAAGAAGGAGAAGGUCACAAAGAAAGAGAAGACGAAAUCACCCCCGGCUGCUAAGAAAGAAAAUAAACAAUCAAAGGCGAAAUCCGUGGCAGCAGCAGCUUCCACACCCGGGAGAAGUCCUCCUGCAGCCAAACCUGCUCCCAAAAGACCGGCUUUGUCCUCUGCAGGUUCUACACCUAAACCUGCGGUACCGCUCAGUCCAGCAGGGGGCAGGAUACCCAAGUGGAACCCACCAGGCCAAAUUGGUAAAAGUCCCACCUCCUCCCAGAAUUCAGGCAUGAAGUCUCCAGGUCAGGGUCUGCGACUGGGACUGUCCCGUCACGUCCGAGUCAAACCUCUUCACCCCGGUGUCGCAAGUCACUGACUGAACUCGUCUCCUUUCCACGUUUGUGUCUUGAUAACCUUUUACCUUUAUCAUUACUUUUUUAAAAAGUUGCUUGUAAAAUAUUAAUUAGCUUUUUCUCAAUUUGUUCUUUAAUAUGACGUGAGUAUUUUUUCAGCUUUGGUCACACAUGCUACGCUGCCCUUAAGAAGAAAGGUAGGGGGGGGGGGUUACGUCACCGGUCAUCAAUUACAUCAUCAAGUAAUUGUGUAGCUUUUCAAAUCUCUUUGGUCCAUGUGAGGUUGCAUCUCCGAUUCAGGAAAGUCUGUGUUAGGGAAACUAGGAAUUGUCCCUUUUUUAUCAUUAUUAUUCUUGGUCUUAUUUAACAAAUUUUCCAUCAUUCAGAACAAAAAUUCUCCCAUUUCAAAUAGUGUGCAAACGUUCUAUAUUAUUGUACAUAUAUUUAUUUAUAAAAUAAAGUUUAAAAGGAAGUUUAA